AUGGUCCAAAUCAAUAAUGCUGUCUCAUUUUUUCUUUUGGUGGUGGGGACCGUGGCCCAUCCAGGCGCUGAUAUUUUGCACGAGAUCCGAGAAAGAGAAUUGGCUCUUCAAGCCCCAAACAGGCGGACCGUUGAGGAUUGCAGAGUCGAAUUGGAGGCCAGUGGUUACUACAAAAGAGAGCUUCAUCGGCGCUUGAACAGAGUUAACAGUCUUCGAGCGGAGAAGGGAUCUACACCACUUGCUGCGCGAGACAUUGAUCCAUACUACGCGGUUGAAGACGUUGUCGGUCCUCGAUCCGAGGUGGAUAAGAGAGCAAGCUGUGUUCUUGAUCCCGAAGUUACGGAGGGGCCAUACUGGGUUGCCGGAGAGCUAAUCAGGCAAGAUGUUACCACUGGUAGCAAAGGCAUUAUAACUCAUCUUGACAUUAAUGUUAUUGAUGUCUCCACCUGCAAGCCAAUACCUGACAUAUUUGUUGAAUUGUGGGGGUGUAAUAGCACUGGCGUAUAUACUGGGGUAGUGGCGAAAGGCAAUGGCGUUGGUACUGCUGCACCAGAGGAGAUCAAGAAUAACGCUCUCCGCGGUGUACAGCCCACUGGUGCAAACGGGACAGCAAGCUUCAUCACAAUCGCACCGGGCCACUAUGUUGGUCGCACCAAUCAUUUGCACACAAUCAUCCACCAUGGCGCUACCAAGCUUCCUAACAACACUAUCCAAGGUGGGACUAUCUCCCACGUGGGCCAAUUCUACAUCGAGCAAGCUAUGAUGCAAACAAUCGAAGCAACGGCUCCUUAUAAUACUAACAAGCAAGCAUGGACAAAGCUUGACAAAGAUAUGCUCUUUAGCGCUGGAAAGGCGGGAGGGGAUGAUCCACUUCUUCAGAUUAAAAUGCUGGGCUCUUCUAUCGAGGAUGGGAUUUACGCUUAUAUAGAUGUUGGUGUCAAUCCAAAGGUAGCUCAAAAGCCUAGCCCGGUAAACAUAUGGGGCCCCAACGGUGGUGUCCCUAACAAGGGGUCCAUGUGGGCUGGAUAUCCUUGGACUAAGAAGAUCAGGUCAACUCUCGGUUUGUAG